AUGGCGGCGGCCGGCUGCGGCGACGGACUCGCCGAUGUGGCCAAGGCCGACGCUGCGCCCGAGGGCGCGGCGGCGGCCGCGCUCGCCGGCGUCCCCACGCCCGCGCGCAGCCUGCCCCCCGCGGAGCGGGGGCGGCCGGGGGCCUCGGCCGCGCGCGGCGGCCUCUGGCGGAUCUAUUCCGCAACGGUGCUGCCGCAGGGCGGCGCGCCCCAGGACGGGGGGACAUCACCCCGCCAGAGCAGGCGCUGGCAGACCUCAGCAGAAUGCUCCGCGAGGAGAGCGGCGGACGCAGCAGUGCCGACAGCCAGGCCAGCCCCGCCGCGGGCGCCGCUGCCGCGCUGGGCCCACCCGAGUCGCCGCGGGCCUGCAGCCUGGCCGGGUCCGACGACUGGGGAUGCGACCCCGCAGUCUGCGGCUUCGAUCGCCCCCUUCGCCGUUGCCCGCGCCAGCACGGAGGCGCCCGAGGUGACCCGCGCCCGGCAGCGGGCCGCGAGGGCCAAGGAGAACGCCGCGAAGGCGGCCGCGCAGCGCAACGCGGCCGCGGCCGCGGGAGGCGCAGCAGCGACUGGCGCGACGCCCGUCGGAGAGAUCGAGACGAAGCAGGCGGCGGCAAGAGGGCAGCGACCGACGGCACGCCGACCCCGCGCACCAGGCGCAGGAUCACGUGCAAGACUGCGGCAGGACUCGAGCCGCUGA